AUGGACAACGACAAGAAGACAAACAUGAGGCAGCAGACAGGCGCCAAGAAACGGAAUGGCUUUCUCCUCCUACCAACCCUCCUCACCCUCCUCAUCUCAUCCGCCAUCUGUACAGAUGCCUUCACCGCAGAAGCAAAAGCCUUCCAGAUCUCAUCUGCCAUGGACAUUGAAAUGAUCACCUCCUGGGAACCAUCAGACCCCACCCGCUUCAACCCAUACACUGGUUCCCUCCUAGCACCCCUGAUGAUCCCCCGUGUCUCUGGAACUGCCAACAAUACUCGCGUCCAAAAUUUCAUCCUUGACUUUUUCGCAAAGCUGAACGCGACCAGUCUUGCAGAGACCACGAUUACCCCUGAGGAGGAUAAUCAGGACAACCAUAACCAACCCAUUGUCAAACGUACAGUCAGCAAGCGGUUCGAGGCUAAAGUCCAGGAAAAGGAGAAACUCUUCCGACGAGCCCCUGAUACUACAGGAACAGGUUGGCAUGUGGAAUUGGACCAGUUCGUCGACAAGACUCCCUUUGGCGAAAAGACAUUUACCAACAUGAUCUUUACAAAGAACCCCAAAGCCGAGAACCGUUUGGUCUUUGCGGCCCAUUUCGACUCUAAAUAUUUCCCACCAACGGAUAAGCCUAGCGGGCAGUGGAAUGGUGGAGACGAUACAUUGCCGUUUGUGGCGGCGACGGAUUCUGCGGCGCCCUGUGCAAUGUUGUUGGAUCUGGCAGCCAGUUUGGACAGGGCUUUGGAUCAACCAGGACGCGAUGAUCAGGACACCACGCUGCAGUUGAUCUUUUUCGACGGUGAGGAGGCCUUUGGGGAAUGGAGGGCAGACGACUCACUUUAUGGCUCCAGACACUUGGCAGAAAAGUGGGAGAAGCAGAGGAUCACACGCACCAGAAUGGCAACAGGUAGAAACGGCGGUUCGACAUCCAACAACCUAGACGGGAUCGAACUGUUUGUACUUCUGGACCUCUUGGGCGUCGAGAAUCCUCGCGUGCCUUCUUACUUUGGCGCAACCCAUUGGGCACACGAACACUCUCUGGAAAUCGAGCAGCGCUUGUGGGACGCCAAGUUGCAUGGAGGUCAAGUUCUGGCCAGGAGAAAGGAGGGUCGUUCGGAAGAGCGGGCCGAUGAGGAUGAGGAUGAUAUGGAUCAAUUGGAGAUCGAUGAGCCCAUGACGCCCUUCUUUACCCAGCAGCCCAGCUGGGGUGGCAUUGACGAUGAUCAUCGUCCAUUCAUGCAGAGGGGUGUGCCCAUCUUUCAUGUCAUCCCCACGCCCUUCCCACACGUCUGGCACAAAUUGGAGGAUGAUGCGACUGUGAUCUCGCCAGAGGUGGUCGAAGGAUGGGCCAACAUCUUCCGCACGUUCGCAGUGGAAUACCUCCAAUUGCUCAAGGCUAAGCCCAUUCAUCGUCGCGACGAGUUGUGA